GUAGCUUCUCUUCUUAAUCAUUCUCUUCCAUAAAAUCUCUCUCUCUCUCUCUGAGCAAUGAGGAACCCUCCCCACCUCUUGUUUUUCUUCUUCCUCCAACUUGCCAGUGGCUUGCGGCCUCCUUAUUCUCCGACCAUUAAUAUAACACUCAACUGUGGCUUCAGCGGCAACACUUCUGCAAGAGAUAAUCGGAUCUGGUUGGGAGACAUCAAUUCCGAUUUCGGUCCUUUUGAACUUCAAAACAACUCAUCAGUAAUCUCCGAAGCAGCUAAACAACCAACCGAAGUCGACCCAAUUCCCUACUACACUGCACGCCUCUCCUACUCCGAAUUCACAUACAUGUUCUCUGUCACCGCGGGCCAACUCUUCAUUCGCCUCUACUUUUUCCCAGCUUCAUAUCAAAACUUUGACCGCUCUAAGGCCUUCUUCUCCGUCAAAGCCGGUUCUUAUACCCUUUUAAGCAACUUUAGCGCUGCCCUCACUGUUGAUGCUGAUGCUCUUAGCUUAGAAGGCUUCUCAAGAGAAUUCUGCGUAAAUAUUGUUGAAAAUGCUCGAUUCUUAAACAUAACCUUCACUCCAAGCCCCGGUAAUCUAGAUGCAUAUGCUUUUGUAAACGGGAUUGAACUCGUUUCAGUGCCUUCUAAUCUUUAUUACUCUGAAGACAUUAGUACAGAAAUUAAGCUUAUUGGCCAGAGUACGCCAUAUACCAUCGAAAAGAGCCACGCUCUUGAGACGGUAUAUAGAUUAAACAUUGGUGGGCGAAUGAUUUCACCCACAGAAGAUACUGGCAUGUACCGGAGCUGGUCAGAUGACGAUGCUGCUUACUUGACAAGUUCUGAAAAAGGCUUUGUGGAUAGAAACACAACUAUUCGUCUCCGCUUCAGUAAAAUUUCUAACUACACUGCACCAGAAGAGGUCUAUAUCACUGCUCUAACAAUGGGACCCAACAAAACCAUAAACAAGAGCAACAAUCUCACCUGGGAAUUCUCUGUAGACGCUGGUUUUAAUUACCUAGUAAGGCUACACUUUUGCGAGUUUCAAGUUGAGAUCACGGAAGAAGGAGACCGAGAUUUUUACAUCUUUAUAGCUGAUCAAAUUGCUGAGGAACGAGCAGACGUUUUGUCUUGGAGCGGGGGAAAUGGAAUCCCAGUAUAUAAAGACUACGCUGUACUGAUGUUUGGUGAAGGCAACAAGAAAAAACUAAACCUCUCUGUCGCUCUGCAAGCAAACCCAGAUGACAGGAUGACUAAAUAUUCCGACGCAAUCUUGAACGGGCUCGAAAUCUUCAAAAUCAGUGACCUCAUUAACAAUCUCGCUGGGCCAAACCCCGAUCCACUUCCAACACCAAAGGUUGUAGCGAUUCCCUUUCCAAUCCAACCAAGGAAGGUAAAGAGUAACCACACCACAAUAAUUCCCAUAGUUGUUGGUUUAUUCUCUGGCAUAGUUGUUCUGUCUAUUCUCGGUUUCUUCAUUUUCCAACGAGGUAGGAGGGUUGAUAAGGAUGCCAAGAGCAGCAGCACAAUUCUGCCGUCUGAUUUGUGUCGAUGCUUUUCACUGUCUGAAAUCAAAGCAGCUACAAACAACUUCGACAAGCUCUUCAUCAUAGGUGUCGGAGGGUUUGGUGAUGUGUACAAAGGAUACAUUGAUGGUGGGGAGACCUGUGUUGCCAUUAAACGGUUGAAACCGGGUUCUCAACAAGGGGCUCACGAGUUCAAGACCGAGAUUGAGAUGCUCUCCCAACUCCGCCACCUCCAUCUCGUCCCUCUGAUUGGCUAUUGCAACCAUGGCAAUGAGAUGAUCCUUGUGUAUGAUUACAUGGCCCAUGGGACCCUCCGUGAUCAUCUCUACAACACCGAUAAUCCACCUCUUUCGUGGGAACAACGGCUCCAAAUCUGUAUUGGUGCUGCUCGGGGUUUGCAAUACCUUCACAUAGGUGCAAAGCAGAUGAUCAUUCAUCGUGAUGUGAAAAGCACAAAUAUAUUGUUGGACGAGAAAUGGGUGGCAAAGGUAUCCGAUUUUGGGUUGUCAAAACUGGGUCCUACUAGUGUGUCCAUGACCCAUGUAAGCACAGUGGUGAAAGGGAGUAUUGGGUACUUAGACCCAGAGUAUUACCGGCGUCAACAGUUGACUGAAAAAUCUGAUGUGUACUCAUUUGGUGUGGUGUUGUGUGAAGUGUUAUGUGCAAGACCACCGUUGAUACGUAAUGUUGACAAGGAGCGAGUGAGCUUAGCUGAGUGGGCUCAGCAAUGCUAUCAUAAUGGAAAGCUUGAUCAGAUUGUUGAUCCAUUUCUAUCAGGUAAGAUUGUGCCGGAGUGUUUGAAAAAAUUUGGUGAAAUUACAGUGAACUGUUUGCUUGAUGAUGGAAUCAAACGGCCGUCAAUGAACGAUGUGGUUUGGGGUCUUGAAUUUGCAUUACAACUACAGGAGAGCAAAAGGGAUAGUGGAGUACAAAUAUUUGAGAUUGAAGGCCAUAUUGAGAAAGUGCUCCUUCAAAGAUCCGCAAUUGAGGAUUGUGAGAAGGUCUUUACUAGUAGCGGUGGACGUGGGUCAAAUGGAGAAAGCACUAGCUGCAGGGUGAACAUUGCAAGCAAUGGAGACCAAAGUUCUGCUAAUGAGACUUCAGAUAGCAGCAAUUUGAUACGUGAAACUGUUUUCUCGGAGCUUAUGAGUCAGAAAGGAAGAUAAAAGGAAUAUGCAUGGUACGUAGCUGACUUGUAAGUUACCUAACAACUUAAAUUAAUUAGCUUGUUCUGUAGCAUAUUAAGACUUGCUGUCAA